AUGGGUCACGCAGAAAAUGAGGAAAGAGCUUCAAAGAAGGCAAAGUCUGCCAACCUCCCGCUCAAAUCUGCUUUGAAGAAACCCAAACCGACACAUCCAACGAAGCACGCUGAAGAGAAACAUGACGUUCAAGAACCUAUCUUAUCUCAACCUAGACGGUCGCCUAUAAAUGAGAACUUGGCGAAGAAGACGAAAGCGGUUCGAAGGGCCCCUACACCUCCCCUUACUAAAACUAAAGCGAAAGUAGACAAGGGAAAGGCGAAAGCUGCAGUAGCGCCAGAACCAAAAAUCUAUCCAUCGACAUUUAAAGUCGUCGUUGGCACUUAUGAAAAACUAUUAUACGGCUUGGAGGGCUCGUUUGUAGGAGAAGACGAUACUGCUUUGGAAAGACCUUCGUUGAAACCCAUCUUCAUCUUUCCUGCGCAUAUUGCUUGUGUUAAAGCUGUUGCUGCAUCUCCCGAUGGCGGUAAAUGGCUCGCGACUGGAAGUACGGACGAGAUCAUAAAAGUCUGGGAUUUACGGAGACGAAAAGAAAUUGGUGGACUCAUCCAACAUGAAGGCUCAAUCACCUAUCUCGGUUUCCCGACCCGUUCGCAUCUCGUGAGUGCCUCUGAGGAUGGCACUCUUUGCAUCUUCCGUGCACGAGAUUGGGUUCUUCUGCGUUCCAUGAAGGGUCAUAAAGGUCGCGUGAACUGCGUAGCAGUGCAUCCUUCUGGAAAAGUUGGGCUUAGCGUUGGUAAAGAUCGUACUCUCCGGAUGUGGGACCUGAUGCGUGGAAAGGGGAGUGCAAGCACCAAACUUGGCAAAGAGGGAGAACUCGUGCGAUGGUCAACUAACGGAGAUCGAUUCGUUGUACAAUCUAGUUCAACAAUCGACAUCUACUCUGUUGAGAUGGUAUUGUUGCACACGUUCACCCACCCUAAACGUGUGCAGGAUGUACGCUUCUAUCGAUCCACCUCGGGGAAAGAAUACCUCCUAGUAGCGGCAGAGGAUAAGAAAGUAACAUUCUACAAUACGACAAGUACGGACAGUACAUCGCUACCUAUCGUUGCUGAAGCAAUAGGGCACCAAAAUCGUGUCAAAGCAAUUGCCAUUCUCGGCGUUGCGACCCCGCAUACAGCCCCAGAACGGCCUUGGACGACAAUCAUGUGCACUGCCUCAUCCGACGGCUGGAUACGGAUAUUUGACCUGAUUGACCUUGAUUCAUUGGACGGCACCGAGACUGGAAAGGACGUUAAGUCCUUAAAUGCGAUUGCUGAAUACGAUACGAAGGGCAGUCGGCUCACGUGCUGUACACUUGCGGAUGGUGAAAUACCCGUCUCAGGGGUAACGGGGAAGCGGAAGCAUGGAGAGGAUGAGGAUAGUGAUGACGACACCAAAAAAGCAAAUGAAGGGCUAGAUGUUGAAGAGGAACAUGUGGAUGACGCUUCGGACGAGGAUGAAGACGAGGAGGACGCUGAAAAUGAAAAGAGCUAG